CAUUUGGAUGCUUCACUGCAUCCAAGUUCAUUGCGAGAGCUCCUGGUCGACCGAAUCCGGUCACUAGACCCCUGUCAAGACCGCAAUGUUCUCCUCGGAGAUUGCGCGACUGCGCAAACUGGGUGUUCAAGGCCUACUAUUUCAAGCGCUCAACUUCCUGACGGUUGUUGCUUCUGGCCUUGCAAUGUGGAAGGCGCUGUGUCUAGUGACGAACUCUGAAUCGCCGAUAGUUGUUGUGCUGUCUGGAUCUAUGGAGCCGGCGUUCUAUCGAGGGGACAUUCUCUUCUUGACAAAUCCCGCGGAUACACCAUACGAGAUCGGUGAUAUCACAGUCUACAAACUACCUGGGGGAGAUAUCCCCAUUGUCCACCGAGUCAUAGAAUCCCAUAUCACGAAUACAACACAGAGGCUCCUGACAAAGGGGGAUAACAAUACUUCAGACGACCUCGUACUAUACAGCCCGGGAAUGGAAUGGGUCGAGCGGAAACAUGUCAUCGGAAAAGUCAGAGGGUUCCUGCCGUACGUCGGAUACGUCACGAUUGCAAUGAACGACUUUCCGCAGCUCAAGUAUGCGCUUCUCGGUAGUGUAGGACUUUUCCUCCUGAUUCAGAAAGAUCAGUCAUGAUGUAUUCAUCAACGGGA